UUAUUCUUAUCUUUUCUAUUGUUUAAUUAUCUAAUAUGUUCACAAAGUUUCUAGUAGAAACUGAUCUAUGAAUUUUGUACGUGACCUUUUGUCUUUUAGUUCAAAAUCAUCUGAAAUAUGGAAUAUUUUUCAAAAAAGAUUCUAUGUGAUAAAUCACAGUCCUGGCAACACAAAACAUAUUUUUUUGGAGAUUUAAUUACUUUAUCACUAUUAAUAGUUAGAAGUAUGCAUAGGUACAUCGAUUACAUAAUUUAUAUUUUUCAUUUCUACAUUAUGUUUGGGUUUUAACUAUUGAACUGCUAUUAAGCUAUUGUGAUCAUGCGGUGUUUAAUGGUUUUUGAUAAUUUAAAUGAUAUAGUUUUUAUGAAAUGUGAUACAAAAUUCUGUCUCCACAUAAAGAAGUUGGCAGUUUUACAAAAUAUUAUUAAACUAAACGCGUCUGAUUUAGAAAAUGAUUCAGAAAUUGAUCCAGAUUUGAUUCUUCAAAUAUUUUCUCCUAUGGUUACAUCUCAAAGAGUGAUGAACUGUCAUUUUUCAAAUCGCUAUAGUUCAAUGCAAUGUCAGAAUGGAACUAAUAUUGUGUUUGAUGAGUACUUAGGUCAUUUAUUUGUCUAUAUUGGAGAUAUGGAAGUGGAUUGGCAACAAAAAGUUCUUAGUACAGUAAUUUUAUUCAUCAAAAGAAUUUGUGGUGCAGAUGUAUCCUUAUUGAAAUAUAGUCGUCGACGUAGAUUUUUAGUAUCUAAAUUAUUGGAUGUGUGGUUGAAACAGUCUAAUGAAGAACAAUGCAUUUUAGUUGAAGCUAUUGAACAGUUAACAGUUGGUAAAGAGCUAUCUUCAGCUGCAUUAUCUGCUGCCAAAGCUGCAGCAGAAAAAAUUAAAAUUAAAUCAGCAUUUUCUCGUGUACAUACUCUUAUUAUGGUUGGACAAAAGUUUUUAACUUUAUAUUCUAGUCGAAAUGCUAGUGAUUUAUCUGCUGGAGAUACAUUAUUUUUAGCUUUAUUAGCUGAAGCUUUACAAUUGUCUGACCCAGAAUCCAAUGACAAAACUGAUCUUGAUGUAAUAAUGAUUGAAAAAGACCACCUUUCUUUAAAAGAAAAAAUGUCUAACCAGAAAGUCAAUAAUUUGUUAGUUCUUUUAGGACAAAAUAAGUUAAAAUUAAAUGCAGUCUAUAUAUCUUAUAUUACAAAUGGAGUUCCAUUAAUUAUUAUUCACGAAAUAGGAAAUGAAGUUUUCAAUAGUAGUGUCAUUGAUUCACUUACAUCAUUUUGUAAAAUUCAAGAUAUACAAAGUCGUGGUAUUAUAGAUCAUGAAGCUCUUAAAGUAUCUUUUGAUUUAAUUGAUAUGUCUAUGAAGAAAAUUAUCGAAUUAUUUAAAAAGAAAAAUGCUCCUUUUGCACCUUCCCGUAGUGUUACAACUAUUAUAACUUAUUUAACCAAUAGAUGGGAACCGUUAAAAAAGAAAUACAUUGAAUUCAUGAAAAAUAAUGAAAGUGUUGCAUUAAAUGCUAUUGAGUCUAGUAAUAUUAAUAUAAUAUCAAGUUUAAAAGAUCUUCAACAUCAUUGUAUGCUUAAUGAGUCGUUAAUAGAUAAUUAUACAAAAGAAGCAGUUAAUGAAGCUUCAGCGUUGGUUGCCACAAUGUUGAGAGAUUAUACUUCAUUUUUUGAAGUAAAAGCUCUUAAUAAUUUUACAAUGAGAUCAAGAUCAUUUUUGAAUAUAAAUAAAUAUUUAGAAGAAUUUCCAGGUCUUGUACAUUUUAUUUACAUUGAUCGGAUGACACACCGAAUGAUUGCUCCUGGGUUAGAAUUUGCAUCCCAAGAAACUCUUGAGCUUACAAAAAAUAAAGUUUGGUCUAUGGUUAACUUUAGUAGACAUCACUUGCAAAAUGGUCAUUUCAUUGUAUUAUGGAGGGAUAUUACUUUUACAUAUUCUUAUUUUUUAUGGUUUGAAGAUCAGUCAGGUACUUCAUUAAAACCAAAAAGUGACUCAGCUACUUUAGAACUUUUUCCUGGAAUAUUAUCUGAUGAUUACUAUGAAAAACUUGUUGAAUUAUGCUUUCCUAGGAUGCCUCAAGGAAAAGUGAGAUGUUUUGAAUUAUUUUGUGUUCAUUUAGGCUUAGCAACAGCUUCUUGUGUCUUAGAACAUUCUCGUAGAUUGUCAGCAACUGUCUGGGAAGUUACUGGACGACCUAGUAAUCUAUUGGAUUUGUUUUAAAUUAUUAAUAUAUUAAAUAAAAAAAUUAAGUCUUAUGUUAUGAUCUCUCUAUAUAUAUAAAAACUAUUAGAUCAAAUUAAAUUUAUAGUUAAAUUAUUAUUAUUUUUUUACUAUUUAUUUGUCAAAUAUAACUAAUUUAAUAUUUGGAAUUUUAUUAUAUUAGAUCAUAAGUUGUGUGUAUUAUGCUAUAUAAUUUGAAUUUUGUAAAUUAUAUUAAUGGUGUUAAAAUUUUAAUUACUAAUUUUUUAAUUAUUUUUUUAUUGUUUUUUAAAUAUUUUAAUAUUAUUAAACAUGUCUCA